AUGGGUAAUGGAAUGACUAAAUUUAGAAAGUAUUUGACCAGUGGGGACGAAUAUGCGGCCAUUCAACUCUAUACCCAAAGCAAUGACCUUCAUAAAAACCUCGAUCCUAAUUUGUCAUAUGGCUACAAUUAUCAGCACAAUACACCACUACACUAUGCUGCUAAACAUGCCAUGAAAUCACUUCUCAGGAUCUUUUUAGCUGAGCUUGGAGGAAACCCAAAUAAGAAGAAUCAUCUUAAUGAAAAUCAUUGCACUGCUUGUGUAAUGUGGAAGAAAUCAAACACAGCUCUCCACUAUGCAGCCCAAUCAGGAAUGCAGAAAGUCGUAGAGUUGCUGGUGCAGAGUGGCGCGCCCUUGUUUACUGAGAAUCACGAGAAGAAGACCCCGUGUGACUGCGCCGAGGUCAAAGGUUACAAUGAGAUUGCCCUCUACCUCGAGUCCAAGAUGGUUGAUGACAACCAGAAGAUUGAUGAGACGGACUUAAUAAACCCAUACAAUGAUUCGGAUGAGGGUUAUAGCGGGCUCAGGGCUCAAGACCUUCAAGAGGCCAAAGAUCAGCUGCUGGUAGAAACAUCAGAUAUGCUAAGGUGCGGGGUCACGCCCCCAGCAGUCUUGUGGGAUUCAGACGAAGGUCAAGGUAAUCUACAAAACUGUGGCUCACGCAGCAGCUGCAAAAUCGCCAACGACCACGAACUUAGCAGUCCGACCAGCAGUUCAAAUAAAAAUAAUUUCCCCAUUGGUGUAGACGAUGACCACGGUGAGAGGAGGGGGAUUGGUGGUGUGGGUAGCUGUGGAAACUCAGAUGGGGGAAUCGAGAGAGAGUGCGGUAUUUGUGCCUGUCCAAUUUCUCAAAUGGAGCCGCCAGUUCUUAUGCCUUGCAAUCAUCAGUUCUGUAGGACUUGCUGGGAAGUAUAUCUCAGCAACAAAAUAAGUGACGGCGAAACGCAUAACAUGACGUGUGCGGGCUACCAGUGCAACAAGUUGGUCCCGGCCUUUGUGGAGAGUAACCCAACGAUUAAAUGGUGCCCCCAUCCUGGCUGUGGUCGGGCUGUCCGUCUGCCGGACGCCCAAAGGAUGAUGGUGACCCCCUCGUCGUUGUCGUCUUCACCCUCGUAUCACGGUGGGGGCGGUGCUGAUGGUCGCUAUAUGACCAGUCCGAAUGAAACUUCGCACGCCGUUGAUUGUGGGAAUGGUCACACAUUCUGCUGGGAAUGUUUAGGAGAGGCCCAUGAGCCGGCCAGCUGUGGAAAUUGGAAGAACUGUAAGAGACACAGCCGAGCAGACAGAGAAUUCAGUGAACUGUCUGUGGCUGGUUACGAACUCGAAGCCCUGCCCGAAUGUGCAAGCAUGAUUUCUGCUGGGUUUGUCUGGAGGCUUGGAAGAAACAUAGCACUGCUACUGGCUAGUCGUGAUGGCGGGUUUUUCAGGUGCAACAGAUAUGAAGUUGUUAAGAGAGUGAAAGAGCAGCAAGAUGUCCUCAAGGCAGAGGCCGAAGUUCACAACAAGAAGAUCCAAGAGUUAAAUAGAUUCGUGCAUUAUUACAGCCGCUUCAAGAACCAUGAGAAUAGCUACAAGUUAGAGGAGCCCCUGUUUGACACGGCCAAAGAGAAGAUGAUGGUGCUAGCGAGGGCUGUGAACUCGGUGCAGGCCGACCAAGAGACGAAAUUCAUCCAGGACGCUGUCGUCCAGCUUCUGAAGGCUCGACAGGUCCUCAAAUGUUCCUAUCCUUUUGGCUACUUCCUAGAAGAGGCAGGGUACAAGAAGCCCAUUUUUGAGUUUAUGCAGACUGAACUUGAAAAGUGUACAGAGAGGUUGUCAGAGAUGAUCGCCAGACCGUACCUACGUACACCGAGGAACAAGAUCGUACAGACGGCCAUCCUCGUGCAACGCAAGAGGCACGAGCUUGUCAGCGCCAUUGGGAAGGGGCUAGUGCCCCCCGAUACUUCUCCGGAUAUGAGGAAGAACAAGAAGAGUUUCACUCAUAAGAUGGAUGAAGAGACAAGAAAAGCCCUGAUUGCCUCCCUGGAAGAUGACCCCACUGCCCUCUGGGUCAAGGACCUUGCCGGCCGCCACACCAACAUAUCAGCUCUUUUUGAUUGGCCAGAAGAGAGCGACGAAUCAGAUUCCGAGAUCCCGUCACCCUCCAAAUUUCCAAACGCUCUAAGUUCGCUGGUCUCGAGUAGCAGUAACUUGAAGGCAAUUCAUUCCGACCCAGGCUCAGUUGCUCAGAGCAGAAAUUUGUACGGCAGCGAGGAGGCUGUGCUUCCGACAACUGAUGCACAUCGCUUCUCAGCAUCAAAUGACGAUAAUCUCCAAAACGUGACUCUUGGCUCCGAUCGAUGCGAUGGAGAAGUUGAAAAAAACGCCUCGACAGCCGCUGCUAGUGCGGCUGCUGCUGUCCCUGCUACUACUGCUGCUACCAUAGCUGACGACAAUGUAUUUAAAGAAGGUUGUUCGAAUAGUAUAAGCAGUAAUAACAGUGGUAGCAGUAAGAAUCCUCACAAAUCUUUGAGGUGGCGGUUAACAAAGUGGUCGCGAAUGGCUGGUGGUGGGAGUACAAAUCAAGUCGAAGCUACCGCAUCAAGUGUUGCUAUCUCUGCUGCUGCUGCAAGUGGGGCUGGCAGAGUUGAAGGAACCUCAUUCAGUUUUUGUGGCGUUGGUAGUGCUGCUACAACUGCUGCUACUGCUGCUGCUAAUAGCGCUGACGAAGAUGAAGUCACAAUGCCAGGGAAGUGUGCUCGAGUUGGCUGUAAUCACCUGCAGGUCAGAAAUCCAAGGACAGGUCAGUUACACGAGCACUGCAGUAACAGGUGCAUGAGACUCGACCAGAUAGAUUCACUGCCUGACCGAACGAAAAAGUUGGAGAGCCUGGUGGCUGAUCCCAGCAUGGACUUAAUGAGGGCCUUGGAGAUGUCCAGAUUUCAAUACUUCGUAGAAAAAUUUUCCACCACCGCUUCUAACGCUACCACAGCUACUACAGCUGGUACUGUGGCCGCUUCGGCUAAUACAGCUGCUGCUACAGCUAGUGCAGCUGCUGCUACAGCCACCACUGUUGACGUUGAUGGUGAUAUUAGUAACGUUGAUGCUGAUAAUCUUGGUGCUGACUGCCAGACUCGAUUGUCUUCAUCGUCAGUUGCAACCGCAGCAGUAUUUGAGCAGCAACACAAACAUGCGUUGAGAAGGAGAGAUUUGGUAGAAGCUGAGAGACAUCUGCCCCAUCAGCCUCUGCUAGAUAUGAGAGACGACGACAAGCAGCUUUCAUUGGCAAUCGAACUGUCGAUGAUUGAUAGUAGCAGUAGUAGUGGCGGUGGUGGUACCAAUCUUUCAAAAAGUUGCGAGGUUCUCGCGACCACCUCCACUUCUUCCGGUUGCUACUACUACGGCGCUAACUUUCCAGAUGAGAGUAAAAGUGAAUUCAACAAUAACAACAUACCCCACGCCGUAAUACAUAGUUCGGAGUUCUUAGGCAGUGGUGUCUACAGGCAAAGGUUGAUGUCAGACCAAGGACACCCUGAUGAGCCAAAUGCUUUCGGCUUCCGGAAAACUAGCAGCUGCAACGACGACGACGUCUGUGGCAGUGGCGAUAAUAGAAACGACGUUGAUGAGGAGCAUAGAAAUAUAAGUGGGGUUUGUAUUGAGAUGAAUGGCAACCAGCAGUUUAAUGUCUAUGGAGGAGGUGAUUGCGAUCUCGCUUCUACUGAUUUAAGCAACGAAACAACGAACGAUAAUGAUCAGUGUUGUAGUUUUCUUCCCAGCAUUAAUUCUGACCAACAACAACAACAGCAGCAACAACAACAACAGCAUCAUCAUCAUAAUCCGGAAUACUUUGGAUUAGUUAAGGAUCUAAACAUUAGCAACAUCUCAGUCCCUGAGAGCAAGGAUAGGGAUAAGAUCAAAUGUUUCCGUAGUAAGAAUUUCAGUAGACUAUUUUCCGACAGCAGUAUCGAGCGUAGUAAAAAUGCCGCGCAGCAGCAGCAGCGUCAGCUGCACCAGCCACAAGAUUCUACUUACCAUGUAACUUUGAAUUUGACUUCGAAAGGCGGCCCGCCAGUCGGAAAGAGUGGCAGGGUUAGGAGUCUGUCAACUGGUCCUAUUGACAGGGGAAUGUUGAAUUUCAAAGUGUUUCCAUUCCCAAUUGAUGUGAGAGAAGGAUCUUCUUGUGGGGGGGAUGGGCCUGCUGUGGACAGGGAUCUGCUUAAUGCCACCCAACAACAACAACAACAACGCCAUCAACAACCGCAGAAAUCUGAUCAUGACGUCAGCGCUUCGACACAGCAGGCUUUAUAUAAACAACAACAACAUCAUCUUCAGUUGUUUAAAUAUUCGAAUGAGAAUAGGCGUUUGUUGGUUAAUCAAUUUCACAAUCAACCUCAACAACAACAACAUCAGCAAAAGCCUGCCGACAAUCUUAAUCAACAGUUACAUCAUCGACAUCAUCAUCAUCAUCAUCAACAACAACCACAACAUCAUCAUCAUCAACGCUCGCGCGCUGCAGCUCAGUCCCAGCAGCAGCACCACCACCGAGAGCCUCAACAUCAUCAGAACCCUUGCUCCAAAGGUAGAUGUAACUUCACCAAAAACGAAACGGUGGUCAGCGUCCUUGGUGUCUGGCAACAGCUGCCACACACCUACUACCACCCGUCGUCGGCUUCUUCAUCGGUACUGAACAAUUCGUCACAGGUGGACCCAUCCCUGCCUUUGAAAGCGGUUCAAAUCGAGUCGGGAUUUCGUUUAGGCGAGAGUCGGUAUAAUGAUGAUUUUAAUCUGCGAGAGUCGACCAAGAACCAAUCCCAAUUGCCUCGAGACCAUCAGUUCAACAUGUUGCCAGCCUGCACUGAUCUGUCUGCUGCUCAACAACACCAGCGACAUCAACAACAACAUCAAUCCAACAUCAACAGUGACAACAUUCCUAAAUCUCAUUGCAUUCCCAGGAGGAAAUCAGCUGCUACAUUGGUAGACAGCAUCUACAACAACAACAACGGCAAAACAUCGACCUCCACUUUCUCAACAGUACAAUCAACGAAACCAAGCACAUCCUCGGAUCCCACGCAGCAGUUGCAGCAGCAGUUGCAGCAACCUCACAGACACCACAAGCAACACUACUCACCUGUUAAGCUGCACAAAAAGCAGCCGUUCUCCUUGCUCUCUCUCAGCCACAACUGCCUCGACCAUGAGAACAAAAUGGUCGACCCGGUAGACAUGAUCAUCAGUCCGAAGAUUUUGGAAUCACUCUUGCAAGGGGCUGAGGGCUACUCUGGCGGACCAAUCAAACUGCCUUCCACAUGUGGCACAUCAUCAGUAACAGCAACUUCAUCGUCGUCAUCAUCAUCGUCAGUAGCGACUAAUGCGUGCGUUGUACAAUCAGCAAGAACAUCUAAUCUAUAUGAUAGCGCUUCCGGUAUCGAGGCUUCAAACAAAGACAAAAAAGUCACUAGACCGUCUAUGUUUUCUUUCCCUAAUUUGAAAUGCUCCCCGAAAACCGGACACAGUAUUGGCGGUUGUGAGGACUACGACGAUGAUGAUGUUGAGGAAGAGGAGGAAGAAGAGGAUGUUGGUUCUUUCGGUGGUUCAAAUAACCCAGUAGCAUCAGCAGCAGCUGCUGCAGCCAAGCAAAUGCAGUUGACAUUUUCAUUAUCUUCAUCAGUUUUUCCGAUGACGUCGUCUUCGUCAUCCUCUUCAUCAUCCUCAUCUGCUUCUAGGUUUAUCGUGAAAUCCUUCACAGCCUGCGAGAACAAACAACAAAAACAACUACAACAACAUCAACAACAACAACAACAUCAACAACAGUUUUCGAAGGCAGCUACAACGAACUACUGGUACAACCAGAAAAGAUGA